AUGGAUGAAUUGGCAAGAAAACGAAGGCAACUAAUUGUGAGAGGAGCCGGUCUAGUGGCUGGAUUGUAUGCUUACAUGAUGGUCAUGUUUAGAAGAUCUAGGCAACAAACACCGAGGAUAACCGUGGGCAGCAUGGCCGAUCGUGCCAUAUCUAGAGAGUCAAAUUUGAGAUACAUUUAUCACUCUAGUGACAUAAAUUGUUCAAAUCAACUCAGAAUGAGAAAAGCUCCGUUUUUCCGUUUGUGUGCUAUAUUUAGAGAGAGAAAUUUGUUGUUGGAUAGCAUUCAUACUUCUAUUGAGGAACAAGUUGCCAUGUUUCUUCUAAUAGUUGGCCAUAACCAAAGGUAUAGGACACUACAACCUAUCUUUAGAAGAUCUAUCGAAGUCAUUAGUAGGUAUUUUAAGGCAGUGCUUUAUGCUGUUGGGGAGUUGAGAGAUGAGAUGAUUCAGCCUCCCUCCAACCAUUGCCAUCGUAAAAUACAAGAAAGCACCCGCUUCAAUCCAUAUUUCAAGGUAAUUUUUGAACCUCGUCACAUAUAA